AUGCUAAGAGUGACAGCGGCGGCAAGGCGCCACUCUUGGCGGGGUCUGAAAGUAUCGGCGUCAUGCGCCAGCGUGUCGGUGAGAAACGAGCCCAUCCUCGGCUUCAAACAGGGGAGUCCGGAACGACGGCAACUACUCCAGGCGCUAGAGCAGGUCAAGUCCAGCACAGAGGAGAUACCGUGCGUAGUGGGAGACCAGCACGUUUGGACUGCUGACAUCCGCUACCAACUUUGUCCCUACAACCACACGCAUAAAGUUGCCAAGUUCUGCUACGCCGACAAGGCUCUAAUCGAGAAAGCCAUCGCGGCGUCUGUGGCGGCGAGGCGCGAGUGGGACCUGCGCUCCGUCCAGGACCGCGCUGCGGUCCUCUUCAAGGCUGCCGACCUCAUCGCCGGACCGAGACGAGGCGAACUGCUGGCUAAGACCAUGAUUGGACAGGGCAAAACGGUGAUCCAGGCGGAGAUUGACGCGGCGGCCGAGCUGAUUGACUUUCUGCGCUUCAACGCCAAACACGCCUUGGAGCUCCAGGCGGCGCAACCGCUGAACGCCGAGGGGAGCACCAACACGGCCGUCUACCGCGGCCUGGAGGGCUUUGUGGCCGCCGUGGCGCCUUUCAACUUCACCGCCAUCGGCGGCAACUUAGCUGCCACGCCAGCCGUAAUGGGUAAUGUGGUCCUGUGGAAACCCAGCGACACAGCGGUGUCGGCCAGCUACGCCGUGUACCGCAUCCUGCGCGAAUGCGGCAUGCCCCCCGACAUCAUCCAGUUCUUGCCGGCCGACGGGCCCGUCUUCGGCGACACCGUCACCUCAUCGCCACACCUGGCGGGAAUCAACUUCACCGGCAGUGUCCCGACCUUCAAGCGCCUGUGGAAGCAGGUGGCCCAAAACCUGGACACGUACGUCACUUUCCCCAGACUGGCCGGAGAAUGCGGCGGCAAGAACUUCCAUUUUGUGCACAAGUCGGCCGAGGUGCGCAGCGUGGUAAACGGAACGCUUCGAUCGGCUUUCGAGUACGGCGGCCAGAAGUGUUCGGCCUGCUCCAGGAUGUACGUCCCCGCCGGCUUGUGGCCUGACAUCCGAGGCCGGUUGCUUGACACCCUCAGAGACGUGCGCGUGGGAGACCCUGUGGAAGACUUUGGCGCCUUCUUCUCCGCCGUCAUCGACAGCAAGUCCUUUGCCCGCAUCAAGAAAUGUUUGGAAGAGGCCAGGUCUUCACCCGAGUUGGAAAUCAUAGCUGGGGGCCACUGUGACGACUCCAAGGGAUAUUUUGUGGAGCCCACCGUCAUCGUUACCAAAGACCCCUGCCACCCGAUCAUGGCUGAGGAACUCUUCGGGCCGGUCCUGUCAGUCUACGUCUACCCAGACGAUGACUACGAAGACAUUCUGCGUCUGGUGGACAGCACAUCCCCUUACGCGCUCACCGGUGCUGUCUUCGCCCUGGACACGAAUGUGGUGGAACAGGCGUCCAAAAUUCUGAGGAAUGCGGCGGGGAAUUUUUACGUUAACGACAAGUCGACGGGGUCUGUGGUGGCGCAGCAGCCGUUCGGGGGCGCCAGAUCUUCAGGCACCAACGACAAACCAGGAGGUCCUCACUACGUCCUCCGCUGGACAUCGCCACAGGUGGUGAAGGAAACACACGUGCCGCUGACAGAGUGGAAAUACCCCUACAUGGCCUGA